CAUUUCUAUGUCCAUUUUUCUCAUAACUUUUGUAGAGUACUCUUGGUUAUUGCAACUAAAAACUUGCAAAGAUUGUUACCAUGGGAGGUUCAUCAUCGUCAGAUAAAGGUGCAGCACCAUCAUCACAUUUCAGGUAUGAUGUUUUUCUGAGCUUUAGAGGCUACACAAGACUCAGAUUCACAGACACACUCUAUCAUGCUUUGAUCAACAAAAGAAUCGACACCUUCAGAGAUAGCGAGGAGCUGAGAAUAGGGGAGGAGCUCGAAGGUUCUCUUCUGGAAGCAAUUGAAAGAUCAAGGAUGUCAAUUCUGAUACUUUGUGAUAAGUAUCCAACUUCGCGGUGGUGCCUUGAUGAACUGGUCAAGAUCAUGGAGUGUUCGGAAAACGGAAGAAAGCGACCGGUGUUACCAAUCUAUUUCAAUGUGGCAAAAUCUGACGUGCAGUUUCAGCUUAAUGAAUAUCGAAAAGCCAUGGCUGCUCAUCAAGAAAAAGGCAGAUACAAUCACAAGUUAGAAGCAUGGAGGUCAGCUUUGUCUGAAGUAGGCAAGAUUUAUGGUCAACGCUGUGAUCACAAUACACCUUGGGGUAUGGCUAUUGAUAAUAUUGUUGAAGAGGUCACAAAAAGACUUCCUCCCUUGCCUCUGCAUAUUGACCGUCCACUUGGAUGUGAUUCUGAACUUGAAGAGGUUAAAUUACUUUUGGACAUUGGUUCUCAUGCUACCUGUUUCAUGCUGGGAAUUCAUGGAGAUGGUGAAAUAGGCAAAUUUGUUGCGGAGCUGUACAACAAGAUUAGGCCUCACUUUGUAAUUGCAAGUUUUCUUUCUAAUAUCAGUGAGAAAACAAAUGAAAGUGGUGGUGGUCUAGAACAUCUACAAGAAACACUUCUUUCUGAGAUGGGAGAGGAGGUAAAGUCUAAGAUUGGAAGCACAUUCAAAGGAUCCUCUGAAAUAAAACGAAGACUAGGCCAAAAAAGAGUCCUUCUGGUUUUGGAUGAUGUUGAUAGUACACAUCAACUGAAUUCGCUAGCAGGAGGAAUUGAUUGGUUUGGUCCUGGUAGUAGGAUCAUUAUAACAACAAGAUAUGAAGAUGUGCUAGAUGAUUAUGUGUCAAAUAAUGGUGUUGAGGUUAAGAAAUAUUUCAUCACUGAAGGAAGUGGUUCUACUGUGAAGGAAGAAAAUGUAGUGGGAUUGGAGAAAGAUUUUGCAGUUGUGAUUAAUCAACUGAAGGACGAAGAUUCUCCUGGAAAUGUUGUUUCCAUUGUUGGCAUGGGUGGGAUAGGAAAGACUACCCUUGCUCGAAAGAUCUAUAAUAGCAAUGAGGUGAAGAAGUUAUUCCCUUGCUGUGCAUGGGCAACUGUUUCCAAGGAGUUCAGCGCAAAGGAAGUUUUUAAAAGCCUUCUCAAGUGUCUGAAGCCUUCCACAUCUAAAUUUGAAGAUUCAAGUGGUGAAGAGGAACUGAGGCAGAAGGUGAGGAAAUGUCUGAAAGGAAAAAAGUACUUGGUAGUCCUUGAUGAUGUUUGGGACACUAAAGCGUGGUGCACUGUGAAAAAUUGUUUCCCAGAAAACAACGAUGCUGGCACGAUACUAAUAACUACUCGUAAUGAUCAGGUGGCCUAUGUUUCAGAGUCAAAGGAACCUCAUCACAAACUUUCCUUUAUGGAUAAAGAAAGAAGUUGGGAACUGUUUCACAAGGAGGUUUUCUGCAGGAAAAAUUGUCCUCCUGAGCUAGAAUCUAUUGGCAGAUCAAUAGUUGAAAGUUGCAAGGGUUUACCAUUGGCUAUCAAAACCACAGCUGGGCUUGUUGCAAAGAGGGAGAGAUCAGAGGAUGCAUGGGGAGAAAUUAUGAAUUUACUCCCUUAUUGGAGUGUUGCUGAUGAGGAUAGUAGCGAGGUGAUGAUGGAGAUUUUGAAGUUUAGCUAUGAUGAUUUACCCAACAAAAUGAAGCCAUGCUUUUUAUAUCUUGGAGUGUUUCCUGAAGAUGAAGAGAUUCGGGUGAGAGACUUAAUCAGUCUAUGGAUAGCAGAAGGGUUCAUAGAGCCAAUCCAAACUGGAAGAUCAAAAUCACCACCACAACUUGAAGAUAUUGGUGAGCAAUACUUGAAGGAGCUAGUGGAUCGUAACUUGGUACAAGUCGCAAAGAGGAGGAGUGAUGGUAAAGGCGUGAAAACAUGUCAGAUCCACGAUCUCUUCCGGGAAUUGUGCAUAUCAGAGAGCAACAAUAACAGUGGUCUUAGAUUGUCCUUUCCGAGAGAUGUAGGAUCCUAUGCAUGUUUAGUAACAUGUAAUCAAUCACGCACUUGUUCCUUGUUCGUUUAUGGAGAUCGUACACACGGGUGGGCACAUCAUAUUCCAGAAGAUUGCCGAGUUAAUGUGCUAUAUUUUGCAGAUGGGGACAUAGAUGUGAUAGAUCUAACCGAGUAUGUGAAGUGGUUGAAAAACGUCAGGUUCUUGAAAAUAGGCUUUUCUGAAUCACUUGACUUAUGUAAGCUUCAGAGUUUAGAAACAUGUCAUAUGGAGUACUCUGACCUCCUUAGUAUUGGGGGGUUAAAGCAACUGAGACAUCUUCGUAAUGAAUUUGGCGUGGUUUUAUUAGCAGAUGAACAAGUAGUAAAAGAUAAAAUGCAGAAUGUCCAAACCCUAAUUUAUGUGCAUCCCGAUUCACAACUUGGGAGUUUACUCAACAAUGGCUGCUUUCCCAACUUGAGAAUACUUGGUUUAUAUAUACGUCGUUACAACCAAGGUUCAGCAGAAGAAAACUUAAGGAACCUGCACCGCCUAAGCCAUUUACGUAAGCUGAAAAUUAAUUAUAAAGGGUUUAGUUGGAUUCCAUUAGAUAGAAUUGCUUUUCCGUCGAAUCUUAUCAAGAUUUCCUUGUUAGGCAUUGAUAAUCUGGAAUCCAAAGAUAUGAAUACCCUGGGACGAAUUCCUAGCCUUCAGAUUUUAAAACUGAUUCAUGGAACUUGUUUUGAAGAAACUCUUAACUGUGGUGCUGCUGGCAGUUUUCCGCGGCUUCAAGUGUUUAUCAUGCACUGUGUGGCUGUCAGACGUCUUACAUCAGAAGAAGGUGCGAUGCCUCGUCUUCGACGUGCAGUCUUCUGUAAGUGCCCUGGCUUGAAGGAGGUUACUAAACAAAUGCGUUCCUUGGGUAGUAACUUGGAGUUUACAAAGAGUGUUUGGGACUGAGAAAAUCGGUUAUAGUCAAUUUUAAGUGAAAUUAAUAGUUGACAGCAGUUAAAUAAUUUGAUUGAUUUGACUAAAUUUUUAUCUGAUGGCUUUCAAUUAUUAAUUUUACGUAAAGUUAACUGCACCUGAGUUUUCAUUAAAAAUUUUAUUUGAUUAGGAUGUUUGAUUGUUUAUCAAGGUAUGUUAAAUGUUAUGUUCAUGGAAUUCAAACUACUCAGUACUCACACCAUAAUAAAGCAGAGGAAUGCUUGAACCUCAUUCAAACUACCGUUGCCAUAUUGUCAUGCCAUUUGAAAUCA